ACAAACGCAUUUAGACCUAGGCAACUGAAGCUUUCUUCAAACAAAGGUAAAUUUUUGAACAAGACCGUGGCCGACUGCGCUGCGACUUACUCUAAUAACAUGGAAGGCUAUCCACUACUUCUCAGAAACUAUGUCGUCGUAAUGGGGAUCUUUGCUACAUUUCCAAGUAUUUCUACAGGUGACACUCUAACCUGUGUUCGUGUAGUCUGUAUUUUAGUAGUCUGGGUCCCUUCGAUCAGAUUUCAGUACAUUCCUAAAGCUUUCAUUCUUUUUUUACUUUUUCCUUACAGCUUUCAGUCAAGGAUCGAUUGGCAACUUUUUCUACGCCAACUUCAUGAUAAGUGAAUUUUCCUACCUGAAUAUCACAAGCAUUGGGCGGAAUCUUAUUCAAGACGAAAACGAUUGUGGCUACGCCUGUCUAGAAAUUCCUUCAUGUUUUUCCUACAAUGUGGCUGCCUUCCCUGAUGUCAACGGCAAACUUCUUUGUGAACUCCUGCCCUCAGACAAGUUUAACAACUCGGACAAGUUCAAUGACAGCAAAGAGUUUCAUCACUUUUAUAUUCCGGUGAGUCAAACAACUUGUUCAUCACAACUCUUCAUAUGAAGGAAAAUAAAAGACCGUCGUAUUAUUCCCCAAGUUAUGGUUUUCGGAAGUUAGCUUUUGUAAAUAGGACAUAUAUCUCUUAAUUUGCUUGGAGAAUCUCCAAUGCACUGAACUGUACUUUAAAUGCAAAGAGAAACAAGUUGGCUUGUUAUUUUGCGUUCAAGCUAUAUAAAAAAGAAGGAAAAAUAGAAAAAGGAACACGAAAAAAGUUGUUCUUCAGUAGUAAAACACCUGCUGACUUCUAAUUAAACUAUCCCAGACAUACUUUAUGAAAUUAAUCGUUAUAUUUAUCUUCGAAUGUCCUAAUUAAGUUUAUGGCCGUGGACAGGUUAAAACAGAGCUUCCGAACAAAAUAUUUGCCAACAAAACGUGUUAGGGAUACGCUGACUUUUCUUUAAAUUAACUUUAAUACAUCUUCAUCGUUUUAGCCUUCUGCCAUUAACGGCUUUAUUUUAUACGAUUCAACGACAGGACGGCAACGAGAACGUUUAAAAAACAAUAGGUUUAAUAAGCACGAUCCUUUUUUUUGUAAAUUUCUUUGCCGUUUUUGCCACAGGUUAUUUCGCUUUUUGAAUUCGAAUAUGGUCCCUUGGAAUUGAAAUUCACAAGGGUUCGCGUACAUUUGACAAAAUAGGUAAGAAGGAAUAAUCGGAAUAAAAUCGCGAUCGGUAACAGCGCCAAAAAUUUAGUUCACAAAUUAGCGUUAAGUUCGCGGUUCGAAAACCUCUAACGAAGACGAGAGAACAGACCCGGCUUAGCCCUGUUCAAAUGACAUCUAUACAUCGACAUGAAUGCCAAAUUCGAUUUUUACUGAUGUAGGAAACAAACCGAAAGGGGGAGAAGGAACUAAAAUUCAAGCGAACUUGUAUUUCAUAACUUUAUAGAUUUACAAUAGGACCAAGGGUUUGUAAUGAAGAUAAGAAAACUGCUCUAGUUUUCUAUACUUAAAGUAAAUUAACUUAAAGACCAGGUAAACUUAAUUCCAUUUUCACAGUGUGUUUCUUGUCCUGUUAAGUUGAUAUUACCAUAGUAACAUGAAUAAGCUACCUAUACUGGUAAAACAAAACAUACAAGCUAAAGAGGUCUAUACAAUUAAUAGAGCAAAUUCGUAUUUAUGCCUUGUUGAUGCUUUUCAAGGAAAAUAACAAAUGGGAGCCAGGGAACUUAUAGCCUGUUCACAGGCCCUCUAGUUCCUCUUCAAAGUCCGUCGAACGCGGGUGAAAAUAAAUAUAAACCGCAGGGGAUUUAUUAACCACCAGCGCAAGGGGGUAGUGGUAGUGGUGGGGGUAGUGGUGCGUUCGUUCUCGUGCGCUCACUUCGCUCGCGAGCUCGCCGAUGUUUUUGAAAAGAACGAAAAGAAAAAUAGAACAACGUCAACGGCUAGGGAACUUACUUGUGUUUGCCUUUCCUGUUGAAUAUUGCCAUAGCGACGCACAUUUAAAGCUAUAAUUUUCAAUGGUAACUAUCAGACUGUUCGUAUUUUGAUCUCUGUAAACGGUUUUUGUGACUGCACUACAAAUCGGUAUUACCAAUUCCCAAUUUCCAUUUUUUUCCUUUUAAGCUCUUUUAAAGCUUCCCUUCCAGCACAGGCCUCUUUUUACAUCACCUCAUUGAAUUUUAAACCUAUAUCUUACUGGCGGUGGUAGUGCUACAAUAUUUUGUUACAGCAACAAAAAGUCUUGUAAAAGGCAUAACGCCAAAAGUAUUGAGAAAGUAAUAUGAAUCACAUGCGUCGAACCUAAACUAGUAAUUUUUAGUUAACACUACAGCUGCCCCCGCUCGGUAUGUUGUUGAUCAAAAGUAUUCUUGCAAUUGGUAGUUAUAUAGGUCUUUGAAAUAUAGCCAUUCAUAUGGCAUUCACUAUAUUUAAUUACACGAGCUUAUUGCAUGCCAACCGAAGGAAAUUUUAGCUUGUAACUCCUUUGGCGCUAAAUAUGAAAUUCAAAUUUCAGAUCAUCGGCGAUCAUUUUAGCUGUCGAGCAAAGUAGAAUCCCGAUGAAUUUUUGAAAGUGUUAACCGCUAAGAUGUUUUAUUUAUUUAUGUACGUAUUUAUUCAUUCAUUUCUUUAUUUUUUAUUCAGUCAGUCCGUUCGCUUAGACACAGAUAUGACCAAUGACAGUUUCGCUAGACUGAAAGGUGGAAGUGCCUUGUCUUUUCUCAUACGGUAGUAACAAAAUAACGAAAUAAAACAAUUAUUCAACUCUCACUUGUUCCAUCCGAGACGAUUAUAUUAUAGCCAGCCUAUAUACAACAACGCGCAGGUGGAAUAAUUGUGUUAAUAACUGAAUAGUCAAUAACUGAAUUUGUCGUAUAUUCAGCAUCUGUCUAAUAUGGAUAAAUGAUAUGCGUCACGUUACUGGAUAUUUUGACUUUGACAUACAUUGUAAAAUGGUCUUUACUUACAGCAGUAUCCUUUCCUUUGUGUAGUCUCCUUUUGACAGUUCGCCCUGUAAGAACACUGGAAAAUGCUUUUCGUUGUACCAGGAAAAUGGAUAUAAGUGUAUCUGCGUGGGAGGAUUCACUGGAAAAGACUGCGAAACGAGUAAGAAAUACUGAGUUGAAACAAUGUUGCUCCUAACUAUAAUACAAUCACAGGUGACACACUAUUAACGCAAAUUGCAAGUGGGAACGGCAAUCAGCAUAAAGCUUUUGUACUGAUUCUAGGUAUUAUAUCAUUAACUUUGAGCUCACUAAAAAAAAAUCUAACCGAGAAGAUUAAAAACCAACUUUGAAAGAAAAGUAAAUAAUAAGUAUCACGCUGAACUUUUACUUUUCCUUAUAGUUACCCGACCACAAAAAAAUUCAAUUUCCCUGCUUGAUCGAUAAAGUGGCUUAUUUAUAGACAGGUUUCUCUAUCAACCUCUAGAACAACGUUUACAUUUCCUAGUUGUGUUUGAACUCUUGCUGAAGUCUAAUGUACCUUGGCUGAAAGGUACAUAUCAUUUUCUUUUAAUAUCUUUGAUUCUCUCUCCUGCAGAUAUAAAUGACUGUGUCAAUAUUACUUGUUUGAACAAAGGAACUUGCAUCGACUUAAUCAAUGGCUUCAACUGCAGUUGCCCUCCAGGAUUUGCUGGCAACCGAUGCGAAAUUGGUCAGAUACUUGUUGCUGCUAUUCGCAUUGCAUUUCCGCCAACGCAACAUGCCAUGUGUCCGUUUUAACACCUAAUGUUGGACGCUGUUUAAUGCGGUUGGCUGAUAAAUGUGGAUCAAUUUUAAAUCCUGCAUGGAUCCUACAUCAUUCGGCAAUGUUAAUGAUGUUAUACCAACACACGUUUUGAUCGGACAGCUCUAGGGUCCACCGGAUAUAUGUUUUGCAAUUUCAUUGACCUCGAAUUCCCCUCGGUCCGUGCGGAAAAUGCCGAAAAAAAAAUUGGCCAAUAAUAACGCAUUUAUCUCGGCCGAAGAACUUUGGUCAUUAACGCAUACAUAUUUAUUUGUCAUUAAUUUUUAUUAUAUUUCCCUUAGAUAUAAACGAAUGUGAGAGUAGUCCUUGUUUAAACAAUGGAACAUGCACCGACCGAGGCAACGGAUUCAACUGCAGUUGUCCACCAGGAUUUUCGGGCGAUCGAUGUGAAAUUGGUAAGCUGUGUUUAGCUGUUAUUUGUAUUGUUUAUGGGCUUGAAAAUGGCAUGCGGUUGUGGUCUUGUAUGUUCAUUUAUUGUUGUUUUUCUUUUUUAAAGAAGAGACUUAUUUGCAUUUAUAACUUUCUUUCGCAGGUUUCAAUUCGUUAAAGUCUAUGCAGUAAAGAACCCUCCGUAAAAGUGGUGUUUUGUUUAUUUUUUUGUUGGCAAUUAUCUGUGACUAUUGUUUCCUUCAGAUACAAACGAGUGUGAGAGCAGUCCCUGUUUAAACAACGGAACGUGCACUGACAGAAUCAAUGCAUUCAACUGCAGUUGCCCGCCUGGAUUUUCUGGCAAUCGAUGUGAAAUUGGUUAGUAUAGUGUUAAGCUAAUUACCCUAUAAUGACCUCGUAAGGUUAAGACGGGCUCAAAUGUUAACGCGUAUCACCCACUUCAGAAACUUCAAAGGAAAUGGGUUAAACCUUUGGGAUCAGUGAUUUCUGGGAUCGGUUGGGUGUACAAGAGUUAAUUAUGAUUGGUCGAUGGUAUUCAAAGCAACCAUUAAUCAAACAAAAGCAUUAACGCUUGUCCACCAAACGAUCCCAGAAAUCGUUACUUUGAGAGCUGGUGCCAAUUGCUCUUAUAGUUUCCGUUAUAGAGAAUUACAUAAGUGUAAAAGCAGCCAAUAAUUGUCACACGCAAGGUGCAAUUUAUGUAAAGCCCCGUGCAAAUGGACGCAACGUUCAGUUGUUGGAUGUUACAUGUUAAAACAGCGUCCGUUUGCACACCCUGUUGCAUGUCGUUGCGUGUCAUGGGUUGGGGGUCAUUGCACGACGUUUGAAACCGGUCAAACUAUAAGCCCCGUGCAAACAGACGCAAUAUUGUUGGCCAGCAACGCCCAACAUCGUUGGGAGUUGUUACGUCCGUUUGCACGUAGCUUAGAGAUUGCUAUUCAGUGUGUAUUGCAUUUUGCUGGUGUCAAUUGACUUCUGUGCUGUUAAAAAAGUUUACUUUGAUUAUAUCUCCUGCAGAUACAAACGAGUAUGAGAGUAGUCCCUGUUUGAACAACUGAACUUGCAUUGACCGAAUCAAUGCAUUUAACUGCAGUUGCCCGCCAGGAUUUGCUGGCAAUCGAUGUGAAAUUGGUUAGCAUAGUAGUUUUAAGCUAAUUAUACCCUAAAAUGACCUCAUCAUGUUAAGACGUGCUCAAAUGUCAAAGCUUAUCCCCCACUUCAGAAACUUCAAAAGAAAUGGUUACAACCUCUGGGAGGAUAGGCGUUAAUUAUGAUUGGUCUACAUCAUCAAUUUCUCCCAAAAUGCACCUUGUUUGCCCCCCAAAAGUUUGCAUGACCAUUGUUUUUUUAUUUCUCUUGGAACGAUUAUAAUACCCAGAAAAAAUAUAAAACAAAGCUUAUGCAAAAUUUUCUAGGGCAAAUAAGGUGUAUUUUGGGAGAUUUACAAAUGCCGAAUCCGUCAUAAGUGGAGCUUUUCUAUCAAACAACUCCAGAAAUCACUGCUCCGAGAUCUGGUACCUCAUUCUCCUUAUAAGCGAAUCUUUGCUGACUUCAUUGUUUACACUUUUCCUCAUUAGCAUACGACUUAACUCGUAGAAGCCAUGGCCGUAUAUAUGAACUAAAUGCAAAUGUUGAAAAAGCUGAUUAAGUUGAGCAAUUUGUGUAAUUUUCAAGGGAAUAUCAGUCAUCAAAAACUGCGAAAUUGCUGGGUGGCAAAAAAGUCAAUGAGCCAUUCAUUCUCUGUAAAAUUUCGAGUUUUUGGAAAAGAAUUUCUCCGAAACCAUUCAGUGUAUUGGCUCAAAGUUUCAAAGAUAACUGAAACUGUUAUGCCCUUUCAAUAUUCAGAGAUUUUUCUUUUAAUUAGCAUCAUCAGAUAGUGAUAAGCAUAUGUUAAUGUUGACUGCGAGCAGUCUCUCUUUUCCUUCAGAUUUAGUAAGGGGAGUGCACUCGCACGCGAGCGUUGAGCAACGAAGCCGCGAGACGCGAGAAACGAGGGCGGCCUUUCCCGUCUCGCGCCUUCAUUCACGUGCGUGGUCAUUUGCGUGUUUCGGGCGUUUUGUUCGACGGACCAAGAAAAAAGAGAGACUGCUCGUUGUCUAAUAUUAANCAAGGUGCAAUUUAUGUAAAGCCCCGUGCAAAUGGACGCAACGUUCAGUUGUUGGAUGUUACAUGUUAAAACAGCGUCCGUUUGCACACCCUGUUGCAUGUCGUUGCGUGUCAUGGGUUGGGGGUCAUUGCACGACGUUUGAAACCGGUCAAACUAUAAGCCCCGUGCAAACAGACGCAAUAUUGUUGGCCAGCAACGCCCAACAUCGUUGGGAGUUGUUACGUCCGUUUGCACGUAGCUUAGAGAUUGCUAUUCAGUGUGUAUUGCAUUUUGCUGGUGUCAAUUGACUUCUGUGCUGUUAAAAAAGUUUACUUUGAUUAUAUCUCCUGCAGAUACAAACGAGUGUGAGAGUAGUCCCUGUUUGAACAACGGAAAUUGCACGGACCGAAUCAAUGCAUUCAACUGCAGCUGCUUUCCAGGAUUUGCGGGGAAUCGAUGUGAAAUUGGUUAGAUUAUCAAUUUUAGCUAGCUAAAAUUUUGCUUUUCUUAACCUUAAUUAUAGAAGGGCGUCCUAAUUUUGAUACCUCUUUUGAUAUUAUUCUGUUACAGACAUAAACGAGUGUAAGAGCAACCCUUGUCUCAACAACGGAACAUGCACUGACAGAGCCAACGGAUUCAACUGCAGUUGUCCACCUAAAUUUAUUGGGAAACGAUGUGAACAAGGUGGGAAACAAAAUUGGAAAAUAGAGUUUAAAAUCAUAAUUGUGGAUCAUGUAUGAUGUGUACCACAAAAAAAGAACGAAUCAGCAAGUUUUAUUUUGACAGGUUGUCAUCUAUAAACUCAUUGAAUACUUUUAAAUGUGAAAUUGAACUGAAAACGCAUGUUCCAGCUUAUCACUAGCUGUGUCUAAACAGCAAAGUUCCGUCUUCGCACAUUACUGUUUGUUGGCGUCUUAUUUCGAGUCAGUGACGGCGAUGCCAAAGAGAACGGCAAAAAAUCAAUAGGUUUAGAUUGGCAAAACAACAACUCUGCAUGUACAUCACGCUUUUUUGUACAUUUCUUUGCCGUCACUGCACGACCAUAACGUGCAAGUGCUAAAUUCACGUUUUGUCGAGGACGGGAACAUAAGACAAAAACUUUCUUUUUCUUUUCCUGAAAUUUGAUGCAUUCCUUUAGAAUUCAACUCCAAAAACAUUUGCCAAAAUUUGACAAAGUAAACGAGAUGGAAUAAGCGAGAUAAGGUUUGAAGCAACGCGAAUUGACUUUUUUAGUGACGCUUUCGUAGCCUUCGCCGUCGUUGUUGCUUAUGCUGUGUCAAUUCUAGCUGCGCCCAGCCUCCUCCCCCGCCCCCGGGCUACUGCGAGGCAUUUGCCCACCUUAUCAGUCCCGGGGUGCGGGCAUUUGCUAAUUUUGCGCUACCCGGGGGCCGUGCAUUUGCCAACCCCUAGGCUAUUCCCGAGCUUUUGACACGCACGCGGUUCCUAUCAGAAUAAACUAAACAGAGGAUAUUACUGGAAAAAAGGCAGAUUGGCUCAUCUGUCAAAGACAGAGGGUUCAGUAAAGCCAUGUUAUCGAUUUUAUGCAUGCAUUUCUUCAAUGCCUAUCAAGCCAGAAUUACAUUGCGAAACUCGGGAGCCAUCGACGUAAAGCAACGUUUUUUGGUUAGUGAAUCAAAUUUCUGUUGAUAUCAUUUGAAGAACAUCCUUUCAUAUGGCUCUUGAAAGGAAGACGUUACUUGAAACAAAAAAUCGCACAUUAAAAUGUUUAAAACGGCACUAUUCGACUGUGCAAUUAAUGAAAAAUGUUGCAGCGUUGACGGAGGACGGGGCAUUUUCCCUCUUUUUUCCCCGCCGCGGGGGAUUUGACAGCUCAAGAGUCCCCACCACCACCGGGAAUUUGCCCAGUCCAAGGCCCAAAAAAAUGCAAAUGCCCGGGGGUCAGCCCGGAUGGGGGGAGGGGGGGGGGGGCGCUGGGCGCAGCUGGAAUUGACUGAUGCAUUAAGCUCCCUAAUGCAUUCAAUCACCGUGCUUUGCAAGACCCUUAGCUUUUGCCCGCUUGUCAUCCUGUGUUUUUCUGAGGGUUUCUCGCCGACUGAGUGGGUUUCUUCUUACUCUCUAGAGAUUGAGGUGAGAUCCUCUAAUAACGACAAUGCUUGUUUGAUAAGUAGUUUUUUCUCAUUGCUCAUUGAACAUUUUUAUUUUUUUGCGAUAUUCUCUACUAUACCUCCAACCAAUUUUCAGAAAAAGGAAAUGUUCUCAUUGUCUUGUGUCCAAACCUUGUUUCCGCGAUUUUUAGUUCGUAUCCUGAUUGGCCGGUCACCUUUCUGUCAAACUUCUACACUAAUGUUAUCUUCAAGUAUAUCUUCCUAAAAUGUCUUUUCAGUCUUAUAGAGGGUCUAGUUUGAUUUCAUUUGUAUUUCCAAAGAUUUCCAGUGUGAGUCAGAAUUUCAAACUUUUUUCUCGAUUGACUAAAUGUUUAUUUAAGAGUGUCUGCCGUCAGUUUUGUAAUAUGUCCAUGCACUGGCAACGUCUGGUGCAUUAAUUAUUCUGGAUUGUAUGUAUUUAUUCUGCAAGCUAGUGUUUCUCAAAAAGGGGUUUACUACAAAAUUACGUACCUCAUCCCCCUUUUGAAUUAGCUUGAUUGACGUCCUUUUGUCGCCUGCACAUACUUUCGAGGAAAGUUAUCCCUGAAAAAUUGCGACACGUUUUCCCGUAAGUUUCGCGCACGCGGAUGGCUGGAUAAUGUCCCCAACCAGAAGCCGGUUACUUGCCCCAGCAAAUUUACACGACUGUGAAAAAAAUCAGUUCCAUUUUUCUCUUUCACCCUUAGAUAUUAUCUCAACUGUGGUAACGCAGUUUCUUUCGCCUGCGUUUGGGAAUGACAGCAACUGGGCGCUGUGUUGGCAGGCCUCCACUCAUGGCUGGGCUGCCAGUACCUUCCAUAGCAGAUGUGAUGGGAAAAACCAUACGAUUACGGUCAUCAGAAAAGACCCGUACGUGUUCGGAGGAUACACCGAUAUUUCUUGGUGUAAGUGACUUUUUCGCCGGGGGCGGGGCAAUAAAAGGGACGGAGUCCGCAAAAUUAAAAUUAAACCCCCAAAAGACACCAAACUGGGUGGCUUAGGCUCUAUUUGACAUAUAAUAAAACAAACAACCAAUUCCAGAACCCAUCAAGAGCUUUAAUGCUAUAAAUUGCCUUUUGCGAAAUAUAUUAAAAUUUAGUGCAGUAUUUGACACAAAAAGGUGGCCAGUUUAGUUGUCCUUUAUACAGUUUAGGCUGCUUACAAUCGCUCAUUUUUGUUUAAUAUCAGUCGAGUUCUUAUCCCGGCGAGCAAAUAUACAAAAAUGGCUCGGUUUUAUGGUGCUAUGUUCUCGUGGUUCGCGUAUAUCUGUUUUUCUUUAAAAAAGAAAAAAAAAGAGAUACUAGCAGUCUAGUUUUCUUUUGAUGUCUUUUUCACGGGCUGCUUUAAGCGAUAACUAUAUGGAUAAAAAUAUUAGUUCUCUGUCCUGGACACGCUAUAAUGCGACCAAAAUCUAGCAGGACGACAAGCAUCCCCUUCCGGUCGGUGUGUUUGCAUUUUUGGUUUUGUUUGUUUUUUUCCUUUUUUUACCCUUUUGUGUUAAUUGAUUACAAACAAGAAUUUGCAAAAAAAAAAAAAAAACCUGACAAGAAACGUACGUACAGUACGUGAAUACAAUCAUUUUAGCUACGAUGACAUUAAGGCCCUAACAACAGUUAACUAUGGUUUAUUGUCCAAGUCACGGCAUUUGGGAUAAUUAGCAACCUCUUUGACAUGUCUAUUGUACAUGGUUUUGUCAGUAGACAUUUGGAGCUCGUAUUUUUUGGUUUGUUAAAUUAAAGUUAAAUUCCCCUGGGACCUUCAUUGGAACAAACAGAAAACUUGAAGAGGUCUUUUAAUAGUGGGUGUCAUUUGCGUACCUGUAACACCAACAGGGGUUGCUGUUACAAUAAUCUUUCCUUUUAAGUAACUAUUCUGUUUAACCAUUAUAUACCGAAGGAAAGACUGGUAAGCCCAUAGCUAUAACACCUUACUCUUGCUUAAAAAACUGUCUGCUGUGGACCGGGGAAUAACCAGCUAAGCGAGCGAGUUGUUUGCCACAGCUAUAAGAAAUAGAGCUUGUAUUUCUAACAAUGGGCCGUAAACAGAAUCUCCUGCAGUAAAGGAAUUCCUUCUUUGUGGAUCUUGAACAGCCCUAAAAUUUGUGAGGGUGGGGAGAGAAGAGCCUGCUGUGUUAAGGAUAUCAAGCGGACCCAUCCACCCACCCCUUUUAAGCGUGGUUCUCGGAAGUUAGUAAAGAUUUUAACCUUUAUUCCACUCUUUGCAUUUUUCUUUAUGAAGUUUUAAGGAGUCAUUGGUUAAUAGUUUACAAUGCCACUUUAGAAACAAGAAGGAGCCUGGAUCGAAUUCACUUUUGCAAAGACUUCUGGGACUGUUACUAGGACAGUAACGAUCCUAGAAACAAUUGCGGAACGCAUUUCGGCUCCAGUUCCCUUUUCGUUUCUAAUGUGGCGAAAUUAAGUUUGCUAAGAAAAUCCUUUCACCGCGGGUUUACAUCGUCUACGUAUAACCGUUCCACUGGCGUGGCUUAUAGGAAUCAAGGGGAGAAGACUAGUUUUGUCUAGUCAAAAUAUUGGGUAAAUAAAUUUGUAAUCCUUAGCUGUCCGAUCACCCUUAUCUUCAAUUUUAAGUGUUAUUUUAUAUUGCUGAUCCUGAUCUACGACAAGAUCCGGCUUUCCCUCGCCGCUGUUUGUCCAGAUGGUCCUUGCAAGAAUUGCUCACUAUAUAAUUUUGCCCGAGUCUGUCCUAAUUCCGCGCAGUGUACAUGUUCUUUAUCCUAAACAGGGUAUGUAUAUUUUAAGUUUUUUGUCCAAUACACAGGGUCAGGGCUUCAAACCCUCAGCGGCUCAUCUCUCCGCAAAUAUUAAAUUAUAAUUCAAGUUUUUCUUCCCUGUUUAUUAUUGUUUUCUAGCGUCUGUGGAUCAAUUCGCUGCUACUUCCAAGUCGUUUAUUUUCUCUCUGGUGGACAAGGAAGGACUUGCACCAUUUAAGAGCAUGGUAAAACAUGUCUAUUCAUCAUAUGCAAUUUACCGUUAUUCAAGUUACGGUCCAACAUUUGGUGAUGGCCAUGACAUAUACAUUGCUGAUAAUGCUAAUCAGAAUACUGGUUCCUACAAUAAUUUUGGCACCUCAUACUCUCUUCCAAAUAACGUUACAGACCGUUAUACAAUCCUGGCUGGAACCCGUUACUUUUCACCUGACGAGGUUGAGGUAUUUUAUCUCGCUUGA